UAAAAAGUAGUUUCAGUGCGGUGCCUGAGCAGUACCCGGGGAGCAGCACAGCUGUGAGCUCCUGUCCAGCAUUCCGCGCGUGUGAGGGAAAGGAACAAGGGAAACAAUGUUCAUGAGCGUUACACUCAAUGGCCCUUCUCCUUGGGGAUUUAGGCUGGUGGGGGGCAGGGACUACAACACCCCUCUGACCAUUUCAAAGAUUAAUCCUGGGAGCAAGGCGGAAUUGUCUAACCUAUAUCCAGGAGAUGUUAUUCUGGAAAUCAACGGGGAGAACACAGAGAACAUGAAUCACCUAGAUGCUCAGAACAAGAUCAAGGCCUGCACAGAUCAACUGACACUUUCCAUAAACAGACAUGAUGCGAGGACCUUGUUAAAUGAAGAAGAACUGAAAAGGCAGCAGCGAAAAUAUAGUUUAGAGGCAGAAUUGCAGGAUAUCUUCCCUUCAGAAAUCACUCCGACUCGGAGAUCAGCACCAGUAUCUCCCCGAGGGAGCCCAAUUGACAUCCGACAAAUACCACAACAACAGUACAACAACCCGUCCAAGCUCUACACAAAUAACAACAAUAUAGAAGCAAACUUAUCUUCACAUAUGGCAAGAAUCAAUCUCUCAUCCCCACACAGUGUUGACCCAUUGAGAUCAGUCCCAAGAAGCAAGAAUGGGAUAGAUAUGGAGUCAGAUGUGUACAAGAUGCUCCAGGAUUAUGAAGAGCCUGUGUCACGACCCAAGCAGUCCGGAUCCUUCAAGUACUUGCAGGACAUGCUGGAAGCUGGAGAGAAUGGUGAAAAGCCGGAAAGGCCGCCAAGCUCCAGAAACAUCAAAUCACCAGUGUCUAAACUGAGCAGCCCAGUGCCUGGCCUGCAGAUACUCCCUCAGUGCACCAGAUGUGGCAAUGGGAUUGUAGGCACUAUAGUAAAGGCUCGAGACAAGCUCUACCACCCAGAAUGCUUUAUGUGCGACGACUGUGGCUUAAACCUGAAGCAAAGGGGAUAUUUCUUUAUUGAAGAGCAGCUAUACUGCGAAACUCAUGCCAAGGAGAGAGUCAAGCCGCCCGAAGGAUACGAUGUGGUCGCUGUAUAUCCUAACGCUAAGGUGGAACUCGUCUAACCAGUCGCAGUAUCAUAGAUCCAUGGAUAGGUCUGUGCUGUUUCAUUGCUUAAAGGGCCACUCAAUCUAAAAUAAUAAUUGGCCCAUAAGGUAAAGCUUACAAAAAAUAUGGAAAAAGUCCUAUUCCUUUACAAAACCAUUAGAUAUCCCCUUGCUCAGUUAUGUGGGGCAAGCCUGUGUUUUUAAACAUAUUCAGCAGGAAGUCUGAAUUAUUUCUCCCAAGAUCACAUCCUCUUCUCAAAUACGUUGAGUUUUAGCAAGCUACUACUAAAGUGUUAUAUACUUUAUAUAUAUUUUUGUCUCUUCCUAAGAAAUUGACAUCUACAAUGUAGUGAUUCUGAAAAUUAAUGAUAUUUCCGUAUUUAUAUGUGCCUUGCAGACAGUGCCAAGACCCCUUUGCAUUCAUUGCUCCCUAUCAGCCUGCUUCUGCAAUGGCUACAGUCACUAGUAGGAUUUGUUUGGUAAAAGGCAAUAAAGGGCAGCUCCACUAAGGUGUGAAGGUUGUGUGUCUGAGUUUAUUGUGGGGCAUCCCAGGUCUUUGAUGCAACCAACCCUUCCUGUGUGUCAUUGUAUAGACACGCAAAGUCUCGUAUGUUGCGCAGUCACAACAGAUACUGAGGCCUCACAAUAGUUGCAUUUUAGCAUUGAAAACCAUAUCGAUGAAAUCGUAACAUUUAUUGUCCAUCUGUUCUUUUAUUUGUACUUUUUGCACAUGUCUUGGUUUAACCCAAGAGGUUACGACGUCCGUCUGGCACCAAGCAAUAUCUUCUGUAAAUAAUAACACACUUUCAACUUCUGCUCCAAUAAAAUACCAUUUCUUUUUA